AUGAAUGAUGUGUGCUAUGACGAAGUGCUGAGUUAUGUGAAAAAAGGUCUGCAAGUGCUGGUUUUUGUCCACGCAAGGAAUGCAACCGCUAACUUGGCUCAAGCUUUCCGCGAACGAGCUGCUCAGCUUGGACAUCUGGAUUUCUUUACUCCUCCAACGGCUGGCACAAGAAAUUAUGUUCAGUCGGAAAAGUCGGUUAGUUCCAUUUCUUCUUCACCACCUAUUUAUUUGGUUUUAGUGGAGGUUUCGAGCGAAUCGUGUCGAAUUAUUCUUUCAUUAAUCCAAGCGUCCAGAAACCAUAAACUCUUUGAGUUUUUCCGGUUCGGUCUAGGCGUGCACCAUGCUGGUCUAGUGCGACAUGAUCGUUUACUUAUGGAGAGGACGUUUCAUCAAGGACACAUCAUGAUUAUUUGUAGAAUGUCUAAUUUCCUGAGCUAUUUGUCGUUCAAGGUUCUCUUCUGCACUGCGACAUUGGCAUGGGGAGUCAAUCUACCAGCGCAUGCUGUGGUCAUUCGUGGCACAGAUGUCUUUGAUGCCGAAAAGGGUCAAUUUGCCGAUCUUGGCGUAUUAGAUGUUCAGCAGAUUUUUGGAAGAGCAGGCCGUCCGCAAUUUGAGAAUGAAGGGCAUGGUAUCAUUAUAACUACACAAAACAAACUCGAUAAAUAUCUUGGUAUGCUGAUACGACAAGCGCCAAUUGAAAGUCAGUUCUUCAAACGGAUUCACGACAAUCUGAAUGCUGAAAUUGCACUGGGUGAGCCAAUAAAUGAUAUUGUAUUGUUAAAGUAUCUCAUCUCAAAUUUAGGUACUGUUUCAAAUAUUGACGAGGCUGUAACAUGGCUCACUUACACUUAUUACUACACAAGAGCAAUCCAGAAUCCGAUAGCGUACGGUUUGCCGCACACGAUUUUAGAUAAGGACCCCGACUUACGUCAGCAUCUCACUCGAAUGGUGACUGAUGUGGCUGAACUGUUUCAAAUAUUGACGAGGCUAAAUGCCUUUGUUCAUGCGACAGACCUCGGACGCAUAGCAUCAAAUUUUUAUAUUAAAUAUGAAACUAUAGAGAUGUUGAAUGAGACAGGCCUUCCUGUGUCUUUGAGUGCUUUCAUGCCAGAUGAUAUGGUCAUAGCUUUGAUAUCAAUGGCGACAGAGUUCAGUCAACUAAAGGCGAGUCAGCAAUUAUUUGUACUUUUUCUUGGGCCUUUAAUUGCAAAAUUAAUUCGUGAAGAAGAGUGUCUAGACCUUGAAGAACUGAUAAGCUGUGGAUGUGUUUUACCGUUACGAGGUGGAGGAUUGGCUAGUAUUGCGGGGAAGGUCAAUGUACUGCUACAGAGUCAUAUUUCUCGAACAUUCGUCCGUAGCUUCUCAUUAUCCUCAGAAUCGCUCUAUGUGCAGCAGAAUGCUAGCCGCCUCUGUCGAGGGAUCUUUGAGAUCGCAUUGCGAAAGGGCUGGGCACAAGCUGCUAAUGCGUUUCUCACAAUGUCUAAAUCUAUUGAGAAAAGGAUUCGUGAAGAAGAGUGUCUAGACCUUGAAGAACUGAUAAGCUGUGGUUGUGUUUUACCGUUACGAGGUGGAGGAUUGGCUAGUAUUGCGGGGAAGGUCAAUGUACUGCUGCAGAGUCAUAUUUCUCGAACAUUCGUCCGUAGCUUCUCAUUAUCCUCAGAAUCACUCUAUGUGCAGCAAAAUGCUAGUCGCCUCUGUCGAGGGAUCUUUGAGAUCGCAUUGCGAAAGGGCUGGGCACAAGCUGCUAAUGCAUUUCUCACAAUGUCUAAAUCUAUUGAGAAAAGGGUUUGGCCAACUCAGAGCAGUUUGAGGCAGCUGGACGAGUUUCUUCGUAUAGAUCUAAUUGAAAAGGUGGAGAGAAGAAAACUGACGGAAUCUCAGCUGUUGGAUCUUUCUGCAAAGGAACUGGGUUAUAUGUUCAGCUGUGAUGGGGAAAAACUUUACCAGACGAUGCGCAUGCUGCCUCGAGUAGAAGUAGAUGCUACGCUGAAACCCAUAACUUAUACUAUUAUGCAAGUAUCAGCAAUCUUGACACCUGCAUUUAUAUGGAAUGAUCGCCUUCUUGGAAAGAAUGGUGCGCAGUCGUUUUGGCUGACUUUGGAAAAUAUCGACGAAAAUCUUAUAGUCCAUCAGGAAAGAAUUGCUAUAAAUAAAAAGAAAGUGCGGUUGGGAGAACCACAAAAUUUGAUUUUUACCAUUCCCAUUCGAGACUAUCAGUUAACCAAUGUGUUCCAAUUACGGGUAGCCAGCGAAUACUUCCUAGUCAAUGACACAGUGCGGUUGGGAGAACCACAAAAUUUGAUUUUUACGAUUCCCAUUCGAGACUAUCAGUUAACCAAUGUGUUCCAACUACGGGUAGCCAGCGAAUACUUCCUAGUCAAUGACACAGUAGUGGCAUUAUCCAUGCACAACUGCAUAUUACCGAAGUCGUACAAGGCCCAUACUGAUCUUCUACCUCUUGAUCCAUUACCGGUAAAAACUAUUGGAAAUGAGCUCUUCGAGUCCAUCUAUAAUUUCUCCUACUUCAAUCCCAUACAAACUCAAGUUCGUUUUUGUAAUUUAGCUUAUUCAGAAAAAGUAUUUCAUUGUCUGUAUCAAACUGAUGAGAAUGUCCUUAUUGGAGCACCGACUGGAUCUGGAAAAACGCUUUGUGCUGAACUGGCCAUGUUCCGUUUGCUGCAGAAAUAUCCUGGAAAGAAG